AUGUCUCUCCAGCCCAUUAAGCUUUACGGCCAUGGACCUGGUCCAAAUCCCUGGAAGGUCGCCAUGGUCUUCGAAGAGCUCGGCAUUCCCUACUUCACCGAGAAUGUUGAAUCUACCGAUUUGAAGAAGGAGCCGUAUGAGUCGGUCAAUCCCAACGGCCGGGUCCCUGCUAUUGAAGAUCCCAACACUGGAAUCACCCUGUGGGAAUCAGGUGCUAUCCUCGAGUACCUGGUGGAAACAUAUGACAAGGACCACAAGAUCAGCUUUGUCGCUGGCUCGCAGGACUAUUUCCUUGCGAAGCAAUGGCUGCACUUUCAGAUGUCUGGCCAGGGCCCUUACUUCGGCCAGGCUGUCUGGUUCCAACGCUUCCACCCUGAGAAGGUUCAAAGUGCUAUAGAUCGCUAUGUGAAUGAGAUCCGUCGUGUCUCUGGUGUGCUUGAUCGCUUCUUGGCUGACAAGGAGUACCUUGUUGCCAAUAAAUUCAGCUAUGUCGACCUUGCUUUUAUUCCAUGGUUUGGUCUUACAAGACUGUUCAGCCUUGAUCUGGAGAAAGACUUCCCUAAUGUUGAUGCUUGGCUCAAGCGUCAGCAGGCUCGUCCAGCCAUUGACAAAGCUCUCAAGGAGCGUGAUGCAAUCAUUGCAGCAAUGCAGUCUUAG